AUGCGGGCGUAUAAGCGAGAGGACGACGACGACGACGGGUUGGAGGAGGGAGGGGUCGAGGUCGAGGUGGACGGCGAAGUGGAGGAAGAAGGAGGAGGGGAGGACGCGGAGGGCGAGCCCGACCCCGACCCCGAGGUGGACGAGCUCGACGACGACGCCCCGCCGUCCGCCGCCGCCGCCGCCGCGUUCCCCGCGCGCCCGCGCCACCCGUCGCUCGCCAAGCGCAGCGCGGGCCCGCCCGCGCCCAGCUCCAGCGCCGGUGGGCCAGGCAGCGGGACAGGGACAGGGCCGGGCCUCAGGGCGAGCGGCGGCGUGACGAAGCGCUACCGCGCGGAGGCGAAGACGUUCCAGUGCCGUGGAUACGGCGAGUGCAGGAUGGUGUUCAGCAGGAGCGAGCAUCUGGCAAGGCAUAUACGGAAGCACACCGGCGAGCGCCCGUUCGCGUGCCACUGCGGGAAGCAGUUCUCGCGCCUCGACAACCUGCGCCAGCACGCGCAGAGCGUGCACGCGGACGCGCCCGCGCGCAACGCCGCGAUGAUGAAGGCGCUCCAGGGCGUGCACGCAAAGAUCGGCGCCGCGCCGGCCGACGAGGGCAGGGGGAAGAAGGAAAAGGAGCGGGAGCGGGAGGAGAGGAGGCCGGGCACGACGGCGGGGUACGAGGGCGCCCCCGAGCCGGAGUCGGCGCCAGAGCCAGCGCCGAUGGAGGUUGACGACGACGACGAGGACGAGAGCACCCCGCGCCCGCGGCACCGCCUGCGCCCGUCGCCCGGCGCGUCCGCGCGCGCGCACCCGUACCAGCGCCCGCCCGGGCAGGAGCGCGAGCGCGAGGGCCGCCCGGCGACGAGCGCGGGGUACGAGGCGGGCUACAGGUACGACGAGCGCCGCCCCGCGACGAGCCACGGGCCCGCGCACCGCCGCCCGGCCACGCGGCGGUCCCCGCUGGCCGACGCGCACCGCGGCUCUGCGGCGGGCCCGCCGUUCGCGGGCGGCGUGCGCCCGGUCACGGCGCACGCGGAGGCGCUGUCCUCGCCGUUCGGGUUCGCGCCGCCGGACGCACACGCGCAUCGACCGGCGACGGCGGGCCGGCCCGGACUGGGUCUCGGACUCGGCUUUGGGCUGGGGCUUGCGCGGCCGACGACAGGAGGAGGAGGAGGGACGACCCUCCCGCCGCUCGCGAGCGUGGUGUCGUCGGCGGCGCUGGGCCACAGCCCGGUGUUCCGCCACCAGCAGCAGCAGCAGCAGGUGGGGAUGGCGUACCGCGCGCCGCCGCGCAGCCCGACGUCGCCCGUUUCUGCGCACGGGCAUGGCUAUAGCCGGGGGUACCCGCCCGCGCGGCGGCCCGUGACGCACGACCGCGAGUGGGAAUGGGAGGAGUACGCGCGGCGCCGGGGGAGCACCGGGCACGGGAUCGCGCUGCUCUCCUCUGGGGGACUCGGGCUGCGGAUGGGGCUGCGCCCGGGGACGGCGCCGGGCGCGUGGAGCGGCGGCGCGCCCGUUCCCGUGCCCGGCGCGGAGGACGACGAAGAGCAUCCCGACGACUCGCCGUUCUCGUUCAGCGUCCCGGACGCGCCCGGGCCGUCCGCUAUCUCCGUGUCGGGGGGCAGCCGCCCGGGGUCCGCGCGCUAUAACUCCGGCUCGGCGUAUGGGUACGGCUACGCCCCGCCGGACGCCUCGCGGAAGCGCGCCUUCGGGUCGCGCGACGGGCCCGGGCCCGGGCCGCACGAGCACGCGGAGCGCGAGCGGCCGACGAGCAGGAGGCUGAGCGUGAUGGACCUCGUCAACGACGACCCGCCGCCUCCCCCCCGCCACGGCCAUAGCCAUAGCCAUAGCCAAAGCGGAAACGACCAGCAGCAGCGCCCGACGACGACGAGCGGGCUCGUGCUGCGGGCCAGCGCGCUCGUGCUCGACGACGGCGACGGCGGCCCCGCCGGCGAUGCGGAUGGGGCGGAGGAGGAGGACGAGGGGACGCCCGUCGCGCGGAUGCGCUCCCCGCGGGGCACGGGCGCCGGCGGGGGCUUCGCGGGUAUAGGUGGUACAGGCCCGCUGAGCCCGCUGCAGCUCCCGCUCGGGGUGCCGCUCCGGCGCGGGUGA